AUGGCGCGCCUCGGCCUCCUCCACGACGCCGACCACCUCGUGCUGCUCACCUGCACGUCGCUCCCCAAGGCGACCCACCUCAAGCUGCGGCCGCACACCUCCGCCUUCCUCACGGUCAAGCACCCCAAGGAGCUCCUCGAGUACAACUUCGCCAGGUACAGCUGCGUGACCGUCGGCGACACCGUCACCGUCGCCGAGGGCGACGCGCGGUACCUGCUAGAUGUCGUCGAGGCCAGGCCCGCCCUCGCCGUGUCCACCCUCGAGACCGACUGCGAGGUCGACUUCCUCCCGCCGCUCGACUACGUGGAGCCGCCGCGUGCUCCGGCGCGCGCGCGCGGGUCGCCCCCCGCGGACAUGGUCGGCGGCCGGCGGUUCUCCGGCGCCGCGGUGCGGAUGGACGGCAAGCCCGUGGAGCAGGCCCCUCCGGUCGUGCCCGCGGCGGCCAAGGGCAAGGGUACUAAGAAUGGGCUUCGGUUCGGCGCCGGCGCGUCGGUGCCGGCCAAUGGCAAGGUGGGGAAGAAGGCCGACGACGGCGAGAAGGGCAAGGAGGACGGACGGUUCACCGGGCGGAACUGCACGACCGUCAGCGACACCGUCACCGAGGGCGACACGCGGUACCUGCUCGACGUCGUCGAGGCCAAGCCCGCCCACGCAAUGUCCACCCUCUAG